AUGACUUCAAACAACAAUUCCAUAAAUUGUCCCCCAUCUUUCAAUGGUGAAGGGUAUGGUUAUUGGAAAGAGAGAAUGAAAAUUUUCAUUGAGGGAAUUGAUUUUGAUAUUUGGGAUGCUAUUGAAAAUGGUCCAUUUAUUCCCACUCAUUUAGUCAAUAAUGUUGUGGUGAAUAAACCAAGAUCCCUUUGGACCAAAGAUGAAGAGAAAAAGGUUCAAUAUAAUUUGAAAGCUAAGAACAUUAUCACCGUUUCACUAAGCAUUGAUGAAUUCUAUCGUGUAUCAAAUUGUACAACCGCCAAAGAAAUGUGGGACACCCUUAAAUUGACCCAGGAAGGUACUACCGAGGUCAAAAGGGCUCGAAUGAACACAUUGACUCAUGAGUAUGAAUUAUUUAGGAUGAAAUCGGGAGAAAGCAUCCAAGAUAUGCAAAAACGAUUUAUCCAUAUAAUUAAUCAUCUCAGAGCUCUUGGAAAAACUUUCAAUAACGAAGAUUUAAUUAAUAAAGUUCUUAGAUGCUUGAGUAGAAGUUGGCUUCCAAAAGUGACCGCGAUUUGUGAAUCAAAAGAUUUAUCUUUUAUGUCUUUGGCAACUUUGUUUGGAAAAUUGCAAGAACAUGAGCUUGAAUUGAAUCGACUGGUUGAAAGCGAAGAAGGUGAAAAGAAAAAUAAAGCUCUUGUCUUGAAAGCAAAUAUCAAAGAAAGUAAAUCAGAAUAUAGUAACCUUGAUGAAAAUGAGGAAGGUAUGAGAAAAAUGUUUCGCAAGUUCAAAAAAUUUAUGAGGCAUAAAUGCAAAGAAAAAGAAAUAUCAAAUUCUCAUUCAAAAAGAAAGGCUUAUAUCGCUUGGAAUGACAAAAACUCAAACUCAUCCAAUGAAUCAGAAAAUGAAGUAGCAUAUUCAUGUUUCAUGGCAAACUAUGAGGAAGAUGAGGUAAACUCUAUUGAAUCUGAAUAUGACUUAACUUAUGAUGAGUUGUUUACUAUUUGUAAAGAAUUAAAUGAUGAGUCAACUAAGCUUAGAAAAAUUGUUUCUUCCUCUAAGAAAACUAUUUCCACUCUUGAAUCAAAAAUUGAUAUUUUAAACAAGGAAAUAGAAAUUCUUAAAGAGAAAACAGUUUUUGUAAGUGAAGUUUCUUCUUGUACCUCUUGUGAAAAUAAAAAGGCAAAUAUUUUCAAGUGUGAUGAUUGCAAUAUUUUGAAAAUUAAAAUUGAGGAUCUUCAAAACACACUUGCAAAAUUCACAAAGGGGAGAGAAAACUUGAACAUCAUUUUGGGAAAUCAAAAGGGAACUUAUAAUAAAGCCGGUUUGGGCUAUCGUCGAAAAAAUCAUGAAAAACUUUUUCAAAAAUUCUUUCGCCCAAACAAAACCUCAAGUUCUCCUUUUGUUAAAUGUUUUUAUUGUGGAAGAGAAGGUCAUACAUCUUCUAUUUGUAAUUUAAGAAAGAACAAUGAUAUGAAUGAUAAAUGGAAGUGGACUCCAAAGGGCACUUUGCCUAAUUCUAACUCUCAAGGACCCAAAAUGAUUUGGGUACCAAAAGCCAAAACUUGA